GCUGACAGAUCAAGGCAACAAAUUUCAAUUACAAGCCUUAAUUUGUGUCCGCAGAGUGUUUUUUACCCAUGUCAGUUCUUUCUGGCGCAUCAGAAGAGGCAAAGCUCGGAGAAGAAGGAGGUGGGGGGUGGCAGUGAAGACUCACAUCCCUGGAAAAAAUAUAUAGGAAAAAGGAGAGAGCGCGCAAAAGGAUUAAUUAAAAACAAAACAAAAGAAAGACAAGUUGGCGAAGGCGCUGCUGAUGACUCGGAUUUAAGGAAAAUCGGGGAGGAAACACCAAAUUUGUUCUUGCCAGCGGCAAGGGGACAGAUUUGAAGCUGUGGGCAGCAGUGCGUAUUUUUUGUUUUGUUUUGUUUUGUUUUGGGGAGGGAGAAGAGGGUGAGCGUGUGUGCUGUUGUGUGUGUGCGUGCGUGUGUGUGUGUGCGCGCGCGAGUGUGCGUGUGAGUAUAUGAGAGCUGGGAGCGCCGCGCGCGUGUGCUGGGGCGGCGGGGAUGGCCGAGAAGAGGAGAAGCUCGCCCUGCAACAUGUUGAGCCUCAAGGCUCACGCUUUCUCGGUGGAAGCACUGAUCGGCGCCGAAAAGCAGCAGCAGCAGCAGCAGCAACAGCAGUUGCAGAAGAAACGGAGAAAACUGGGCGGAGACGAAGUCGCGACCACCGCGGAGGGAGGCGGUAGCGGCAGCAGCGACGGUUGCGAAAAGGGAUCGGUGGAGGGAGCGGAAGGUGCCUCUAUACCAGUGUCACUGGGGGCCGGAGCCGGGGCUGGCGCGGGGUCCCUGUCUGCCCGGAGCUGUGCGGAGAUGGAACGGACCUGUGGUUCCCGAGGACCUGCGGGCGGCUGUGAAGACGGUUUCCAAUCAGGAACGUCCCCCGCCGUAUCCCCGGGAGCCUCUCCGAAAGGAUCUCCAGUUCCUCCCCCAGUCCCUCUCCCAGCACUCCCUCAGACUGCAUCUCCACUACCGUCUCCACAGACGCCCCGGGUGGAUCUUCAAGGUGCUGAGCUGUGGAAACGCUUCCAUGAGAUCGGCACAGAAAUGAUCAUCACCAAGGCGGGCAGGCGCAUGUUUCCAGCGAUGAGAGUGAAGAUCUCUGGUCUAGAUCCACAUCAACAGUAUUAUAUUGCAAUGGAUAUUGUACCAGUGGACAAUAAAAGAUACAGGUAUGUUUAUCACAGCUCUAAAUGGAUGGUGGCAGGUAAUGCUGACUCACCUGUACCACCCCGAGUUUAUAUCCAUCCUGAUUCACCAGCUUCAGGGGAGACUUGGAUGCGGCAAGUUAUCAGCUUUGACAAACUGAAACUUACCAAUAAUGAGCUGGAUGACCAAGGACAUAUUAUCCUUCACUCUAUGCACAAAUACCAACCACGAGUGCAUGUCAUUCGGAAAGACUGUGGAGAUGAUCUUUCUCCUGUCAAGCCUAUUCCAUCAGGGGAAGGGGUUAAAGCAUUCUCAUUUCCUGAAACUGUCUUUACAACUGUCACUGCCUACCAGAAUCAGCAGAUUACACGACUGAAAAUUGACAGAAACCCCUUUGCCAAAGGAUUUCGAGACUCUGGUCGUAACCGAAUGGGUUUGGAAGCUUUGGUAGAGUCAUAUGCAUUCUGGAGACCUUCCCUGAGGACUCUCACAUUUGAAGAUAUUCCUGGAAUACCCAAACAAGGAAACACAGGCUCAUCUACCUUACUUCAAGGUUCUGGAAAUGGAGUUCCUACCACUCACCCUCAUCUUUUAUCUGGUUCCCCUUGUUCUUCUCCUGCCUUCCACCUUGGGCCAAACACAAGCCAGCUAUGCAGCCUGGCACCUGCUGAUUAUUCCACCUGUGCCCGUUCAGGCCUUACCCUCAACCGGUACAGCACCUCCCUGGCUGAAACCUACAACAGGCUCACUAACCAAACCAGUGAGACCUUUGCCCCACCAAGGACCCCCUCUUACGUUGGAGUUACCAGCAGUACGACUGUGAACAUGUCAAUGGCUGGCAAUGAUGGAGACACAUUCAGCUGUCCACAGACCAGCCUAUCUAUGCAGAUUUCAGGGAUGUCUCCCCAGCUGCAGUACAUCAUGCCCUCACCAUCUGGCAAUGCCUUCGCCACCAACCAGACCCACCAGGGCUCUUACAACACUUUCAGGUUACAUAGCCCCUGUGCCUUGUAUGGAUAUAACUUCUCCACAUCUCCCAAACUGGCUGCCAGUCCUGAGAAAAUUGUUUCUUCCCAGGGAAAUUUCUUGGGAUCCUCCCCAAGUGGGACCAUGACCGAUCGACAGAUGUUGCCCCCUGUGGAAGGAGUGCACUUGUUGAGCAGUGGGGGUCAACAGAAUUUCUUUGACUCUAGGACCCUAGGAAGCUUAACACUGUCAUCAUCUCAAGUGUCUGCACAUAUGGUUUGAUGGAGCCUUUAUGUCAAAAUGCAUUUUUUUUCCCCUAGUAUACUUUCUGUUCUUAGCUGUAUGGAAGGACUAUCAUUUUGUGGCUUGUAUAAUGUGUAUAUAAUAGAAGAGGAAGGUGCACUGAACCUUUGAAUGUGCUCAUGGUAAGACUAUAUUUAUAUAUAUUAUAUAUGUGUGACAUAUAUAAUAUGUAUACAUGUUAUAUAUCUAUACUGUAUAUACAUAGCCUUUUGAAUUAUUCAGCCUAUACAACUGCACCCUCCAUCUGGUUAUCCAGUUGUACAAAAUGUUUGCAAUGUAUACAACAUAUUUAGCUCAAAUUCCAAGACUUUUUUAAACACAAAAUGAUCUAUUUAAGGACUGGGCCCCGAUAACUAAACAUUUUUAACUUAAUUUAUCAGAAAAGUUCUCUAAACAUAUGUUACACCUGUGUUGAUAAUCUAGUACUUAUGACUGCUGUUAUUCUUAGAGAUUUGGAAGGUAUGAAGACCUUAAGUGCAAAAGGUCACUCAAAGACAACAUCAAAAGUCUGAGUUACCCAUAAGAGUAGAAUAGCUUUCAUUCUUUUACUUUGUUCUUAUUCAUCAGUACUAGCAUGGGAUCUUAAAAAACAGGCUGGUUUAGUAAAUCAUUAGGACUGCUUUGAGUGUGAGGCAAUCUGGGUUCAAGUCCUGCUUCUGUUAUUCACCACAGACAAGUCAUAUAAUCUUUCAGUGCCUUACAUAAUUUUCUAAGACUCUAAAUUACAAACAAUCUCACAUCUGCAGUGGAGUUCCUAUCCUAAUAAAGCUAUAAGUCUAGACCAAAAAAAAAAUUUUUUUUUAAUUCCAUGACCUAAAGUCCUUUGUGAGUCUGCUUCUCGGACAACUAGCAAUGUCACACACACACACACACACAC